AUGAAGUGUAUUUAAUUAGAUUAAAAUUUUCGACUCUAUUUGGGAAAUCUACCAGAUAAUGUUGAUAAAGAUCAUCUUCAUAAUUAUAAUAAAUAGAAUAUCUUGGAGCUGUAUUUGAUCCUCCAUAUCCAGUUAUACAAGAAUAAUUGUUACCGAGUUAAAAAUAUUGUUUUAUGUAAUUUAGAAGCAUUUAAGAAACAGAAACAGCACUAUGAUGCUUUGGUGUAUAUUUUAAGUGAAUAUGAAAAUUUUAAAUCAUUAAAUGUAGAUAGAGAUACAAAAAAUGUUUGUAAGUGUUUAUUUUGUGAAUUUGAAACUGAUUUAGAAACAUAAAUUAUGUAAAUGGAUUGA